GGGGCCAUGGGCGCGACGCUUUCAGACAGAAAACACACUGAAGAAGAAAAGCAGGCAGAAGACAACAAUAGCCCCGAAUGCAGCAAGACAGGAACCAUGGAUCUGAAAUUCACUUCAUCGAGAAAAUACAUUUCUAUCAGUGUACCUUCCAAAUCUCAAGCUAUGUCUCCCCAUAUCAAAUCAGUAGAUGAUGUUGUAGUUCUUGGCAUGAAUCUCAGCAAAUUUAGCAAACCUACUCAAUUUUUCAUCUGUGUUUCUGGAGUUUUUAUGUUUUAUCUAAUCUAUGGAUAUUUACAGGAAUUGAUAUUUUCAGUGGAAGGUUUUAAACCUUUUGGUUGGUACCUCACUUUAGUGCAAUUUGGAUUUUAUUCCAUUUUUGGACUAAUAGAAUUGCAGUUGAUUCAGGACAAAAGAAGAAGAAUUCCUGGCAAAACCUAUAUGAUAAUAGCAUUUUUGACAGUGGGAACUAUGGGUUUGUCAAAUACCUCUUUAGGAUAUCUGAAUUACCCUACUCAAGUCAUCUUCAAGUGCUGUAAACUGAUUCCAGUUAUGAUAGGUGGGGUUUUUAUACAAGGAAAACGUUACAAUGUUGUAGAUGUGUCUGCUGCCCUAUGUAUGAGCCUUGGAUUAAUAUGGUUUACUUUAGCUGACAGCACAGUUGCACCAAACUUCAACUUGACAGGUGUGAUCCUAAUAUCCCUUGCCCUCUGCGCAGAUGCAGUUAUAGGAAAUGUACAGGAAAAAGCUAUGAAGUUGCACAAUGGUUCUAAUUCAGAAAUGGUUUUGUAUUCCUAUUCAAUAGGUUUUGUGUAUAUUUUAUUUGGAUUAACAUGCACUAGUGGAUUAAGCCCUGCAGUAACAUUUUGCUCAAAGCAUCCAGUUCAGACUUACGGUUAUGCAUUCCUUUUCUCCCUGACUGGGUAUUUUGGCAUAUCCUUUGUUCUAGCUUUGAUUAAAAUCUUUGGUGCCCUUCUUGCUGUAACAGUGUGUUGCAGUAAGACUAAUUUGGAUGUAGUUACACAAAUAGGACUUUCCAGUAUGGUAUAGUUAAAGGAACUUCAUGGUAAGCAAAAUAUUUUCUGAUAAUAAAAAAAUAAUAUUCUUUAGGUGCAGACCUACUGCACCUUGUACUAGGGUCUUUCUCAAGUGAGAACCCUGUGCCAUCAUGUAAAAUAACACCUUCUCAGCCCCUUAGCCUCCAUAGCUUAACUUGUGUGCAUUCUUAGUUUGUUUUUAAAUAUUUUCUACAACUUUCACUCAUUUAUUGAUUUUGUUUCAGUGAUAAACUUCAUGGGUUUUCUGGUACACAAUUCUCUAGUAAUGCUUUAUCCUUGUUCAGUGCAGAUAGCAUUGAAAUUGUUCAAAAAAUUGUUGGAGCUAUAGUUGAUUUCAGAGCAACCAGAGUUUAUCUCUGUUUUGGAAACAGGAUUGUGUUCUCCACUCUUCUUACUACUUGAUUCUUUUUAGUGAAAGGAUCAUGUGUAGAAGAAUAUCUCUUAGUGGUUUUGAGGGAAACUUCCUAAUGCAGUCACUGAAGUCAGACAUCCUUGGUCUCUUAGGCUUCUAAGCAAAAUUGUGAUUCCACUGUUACGGAAAUUUUCAGUAACUUCAAAAGAAUGGUGAGAGAAUGAUCCCAUUCCACUCAAAAAUAGCCCAAAACACCAAGGAGUUGUAAUAACAUGAGGUGGAAAUGGCAAGAUAUUUGACCUUUGGUCUACAUCCAAGCUUUAACAGAUGAGUUUAUAUCAUCAGUUAUUUGCACAUUGCUCUCUGAGACUCUGAAUUGAUUAGCAUGAAGUUAUUAAAUAGCAAGUUUUGUUCUGGAAAUUUCCUUGCUGUGGGUAGUGUGACUUGUGUGGCACUACUGACACAGUGUACUUGUUUCCAAAAAUCACAUGGUUCCAGUGCUGUUUUGCACUGCACUGCAGUCUGUGUUUGCACCAAGCAUGUGAUCAUCAUUUUAGUGAGAUAGUUAUUUUUUGAGGUUACCUGCUAAGCCUUUGUUAUGUUCUUUUGU